AUGCGAGAUCCGUUUGCGACGGGCAUUCGAGACGAAUCAACGAGAUUCGAAUUUUUUAAAAGCAAAGAAAUUACAUUUGAUCAAGCACUCGAGGAAGCAUUAGCGAGAGAAGAGGCGACACAAAAUUCCGUCGGAGCAGCUCAAACGCUAGUGAGUAGAAGCCAUAAACAAGAGAGUUUCGCUUUAGGUCAAAAAAGACAAAAUAAAAAUCAAAAAAAGCAGAGUUCUUCGGAAGUUAAAUGCUACUGUUGUGGAAAAGCGGGGCACGAGACAAACGAAUGUAAAUAUCGCGACAGAAAAUGCGACUUCUGCCACAGAAAGGGACACCUCGAACGAGCCUGUAUCAGAAAGAUGAAAUUGUCGAACAAAUUUCUGGAGGAGAACAGCAGCAGCAGCAGCAGCGAGUCGGAGGAGGAGAUCAGCGACCAGGGCAGCGGGAGCGGCCCAUCGCGUAGCAGCAACUUCAUUGACUUCCACAACAUCAACUCAGAGAAACAGAAAUUGACAGUGAUACGAAUCAAAAGAUACGGUGGAAAAUCAGUGGCUUAUGGCAGAUUCCAUGGGGCUACUUCGAAAAAGGGGGAGGCACAGGCACAACAUAUCGAUACAAUUCUGGAGAUUGCAAGUAGUUGUAAGAGAUUGUAUGUCAUUGAAAGUGAAUUCAGUGAAUUCAGUUAUCUCGAGUGA